UUCACGAGCGCCCCGCUCUCGGCGAGGGCGACGCAAAAGUGACGUCAGGAGCACGUGCCGAGGCUGCGGCAGGAGAACGCCGUCGGUAGGCAGCUAAACUGAAUCCAUAGACACAAGAAUCUGUAGAGUAAACCCCCUCGAUGGCUGGAUAGGGAUCUUCCGGAUCAGCCUUGGGAAGCCGCAGAAAUCGAAGGCUUCGGGCGAAGCAGCGAUUGGCCAGGCGCGAGCGCAGCAGUUCUUCUUCUUCUUCUUCUUCUUACUUAGACGUUGCUUCAUGUGGAAAUGGUUGUUAUUAUGACUUCUUAAAUUUGUAUACCGCUCUGCCUCCGAAGAGCCGGUUCGCAACAGGGGGAGAGCGAGAAUGCAAAAUUCAUAACAAAACAAACACAUAUAAAAAGCCAUGGAAUGUGAACCUGGCUGAGGAGAAGCGCUUCCGCCUGGCGGCAAUGGAGGCGCCGGGCGACACGUGUAACGUGUAACGUGUGAAUCCCCGCCCCCAGCCUCUCUUCCUUUCCCUUGAGUCCCGCCUAGCAGGGGGCUGGACUAAGGGACCUUUCCUCCUCACGGACCCUUCCUCCUCUACCUUUCUACUGGGGGCGGGGGGGCAGCCCUCAGAGCCCCCCUGGCAGGGGCUCCUUGGCGAGAGGAGCCGCGGGAAGCGGAGAAGGCCGGUCCGGAAAGAAGGGCGGCGCCGGCGGAGGGCGGAGCCGCGAGGAAGAUGGCGGACGACAAGGACUCUCUGCCAAAGCUGAAAGAUCUUGCUUUUUUGAAGGAUCAAUUGGAAAGUUUGAAACGAAGAGUCGAAAAUGAGGAAGUCUCUCUGCUGGCAUCCCCAUUUCUCAAAGGGUUUCUUGCUGGCUAUGUUGUAGCCAAACUCAGAUCGUCAGCAGUCCUUGGAUUUUUAGUGGGGACUUGUACUGGUGUGUAUGCUGCUCAAACCUAUGCAGUUCCUGAUGUGGAAAAGACAAUCAAAGACUAUUUCAGUUCAUUCAGGAAAGGACCAGACUAGAAUAUAGAAUCUCAUGUAGCAAUACACUCCAGAAAACCCCUCUUAUAUUAGGCUUUCUAAACAAUGUAAACUCAAUUUAGGUCAGAAAUGACUCCUGCUGCUCCCCUUUCACCAGUCAUAUCAAUCGGAAGUGUUUUUAUAUUGGAUGAGAUGAAAUUUCAGCAGGUCUGAUUGUAAGUAUUCUCAGACAUUCAAUCAUGAAAAGUCUUGGUGGCUGCUUCAGCCAUCCUGGGAUUAGAUAGUUCCUGACUAUCAACUCGGACAGCUGCGUUUCUCACAUGAUGGGAUUCUCAUUCUGAUGGAACACAGAGCAACUGCUGGGUCAUCAUGCCUGCCAGCUUUAAACUGGAACCCACCCCAUGUCCUUUCAUGUACCCAGAAAAUGUGGCUUGAGUGGUUCACAUUGUCCAAACCUUUUCUUAAUCAUGCAUACAUAUUAUACUGACAUGUGAAUCUCAUCACAAAUGUGUCAUAUUGCUCUGAUUCAUUGGAUACUUCUGCCUUUCCAUGAGUAUGACAUUU